UCUACACCUCUAUACCGAAAUACCCAAAAAUCCGAAAUACCCGAUCCGAACCUGAACGGGUUAGCUUUUUUUUUCAUGUUUAUCACAUUAAAACCAGACCAGACCAAAGAUAGUUCUACCCAUUUUUCAAAAAUUCUGUUAAUCCUAUCUUCACUUUGAGGUUUAAUUGUAUGUGUUUCUUGUUCCAAGCUUAAGAACUUAAAAAGGUUUAUCCCUUUUGCUAUUAAGGUGAUCAAAAUGGGCAGAAAGCCUUGCUGUGAUAAGGAAGGUUUGAAGAAAGGUCCAUGGACUCCUGAAGAAGAUGAAAUUCUGGUUGAAUAUAUCAAGCAAAACAGUCAUGGAAGCUGGAGAACACUUCCAAAGAAAGCUGAUUUUUCAUCUUUAUUAGGUUUGCUUCGGUGUGGAAAGAGUUGUAGACUGAGAUGGACUAACUAUCUAAUACCAGACAUAAAGAGGGGUUCUUUCACUCCCGAGGAGGAGAAACUCGUUGUCCAGCUUCACGCCAUUCUCGGCAACAGAUGGGCUGCUAUAGCAGCACAGCUUCCGGGGAGAACAGACAACGAGAUCAAGAACUUAUGGAACACUCACUUGAAGAAGCAUCUGCUGAGUAUGGGUCUUGAUCCCAAAACCCAUGAGGCAUUAGCUUCAUAUGGGUUAGCCAAACAUGCUCCAGCUUCACCAACAACUCGUCAUAUGGCUCAAUGGGAAAGUGCUAGGGUUGAAGCUGAGGCAAGGCUUUCAAAAGAGUCAAUGCUUUUUAGUUCUUGUGUUGAAGUGAAAUAUGACUGUGAUCACUUCUUACGCAUUUGGAACUCUAAGAUUGGUGAAUCAUUCAGAAACAUUGCUUCAUGUGAUAAAUCAACUACUACUAGUCAAAGCCCUUGCUCGAGGAAAACAUCCUCCUCAUCUGCACUUGUAAAGAGCUCAACAAGUUCUUGUGUUGGGAAAGAGAUUGUUAUGGGGAUUCAUCAUGGCUCUGAUUCUUCUUCUCUAUGUUGGAAUAAUCUUGAAGGUGUUUCAUCAGACUCUUCUUUUCAACUUCUGCUUGAUUUCCCAAUAAGUGAUGAUGAUAUGAGCUUCUUGGAAGAGAACAUUGGUAGCUACACAUAAUAGAAUAGAUUAUCUAUGUAAAUCCGCAUUAGUUAGUUUUGGAACUUGAACAGUGUCCUGUUUGAUUCUUCUUAACAGUUAGCAAUCCUCUAUUUAUGUUUUGAUGAUGCUACCAAGAGAAAGAACAAUGAACACAUUUUCCA